AUAGUAGUCUCUCCAGACCUCUCUCUCUCUCUCUCUCUCUCUCUCUCUCUCUCUCUCAGUCACCGUCUCUCCCCUUUGUCAUAUUGGAUUCCGUAUUUGGGCCAAUAAUUUGAUCUGAGCUUCUUCUUGGAUCAUCUCUCUCAUCGGCAAAAGGAAAAAAAAAAGGAUCUUUUUCACUGUGUGUGUGUGCAGACAGAGAUUGCAUCAACCGAUCAUGGCGGUUUUACUUCAUCUGUUUCUCGUCUUCUCCAUGAUUUCCUAUUCAAACGCGGCGUACUGUGUAUGCAAAGACGGUGUAGGGGAAGCAGUUCUUCAAAAGGCCAUAGACUACGCAUGUGGAGCAGGAGCUGAUUGUACUCAGAUCCAACAGAACGGUCAGUGUUUCCAACCCAACACCGUCAAGAGCCACUGUGACGUCGCCGUCAACAGCUACUACCAGCGCAAAGCCUCCUCCGGUGCCACCUGUGACUUUAGCGGCGCCGCCGUCCUCACCAACUCUGCUCCUUCCACCGCUUCAACCUGUUUAUCUGGUUCCGGCUCAUCCGGAACUCCAACCACUGUGGGUCCGACCACAGGUACUCCAACCACUGGGACCCCGACCACUGGAACUCCGACCACCGGAACGCCUACAACCGGGACUCCGACCACAGGAACACCGACGACUGGAACGCCAACCACAGGAACGCCGAACACGGGAAUGCCCACCACUGGAACUCCGACAAUGGGCACUCCAACCACUGGGAACCCAACUUCAUCUUCUUCGUCUGUGUUUCCGGGCACGACCCUUGGUCCCACGGGAAGCGGCGGCUUGGGUGAUCCGAGCGCCGGAGAAUCUCUCUCCUCUGUCCAAGCAACCACUAGCACUGUCUUCUUGCUAACCGUAGCUGUGCUAAUGUGGGUCUAGAUGAGAGAUCUCAGUCAGUUGCUGUUUUUUUAUCAACCGCUGAUAGUUUACCAGUGGGAUUACGCAACGGUUAUAUAUCUCUCUUUCUCACUUUCUCUCGUAGGGUUUGAAGGAAUUGGAACGGCAGAGACGACACGCUUCUUUUUCUCUCUUAGUAUUUCUGGGCUGUAUAACCUAAAAAUCAAGAGCUUUUUUUUUUUUUUUUGUAUAUUCUGAGAAUGAGAUGCUCUUUGUUUGCUGUGCUC